GGCAAGACGGUCACAUGGUGUCCGCACCCAUGUGACUCCCAGUUCACAUGACUUCCCGUUCCUGGGGCACCUUCUAUCGAACAAGGACGUGCGGGAGCAGAGAUGGUCCGAGCCGCACCGUCGCCGUCGCUCCAGCUGCUGUUGCUGCUGCUCGUCUCCUGGGCGCCCCGAGACCAGGCAGCCCCGUCUUCGGACGAGAUCCGGAGCCUGCCGGGGCUGGCCAAACAGCCGUCCUUCCGCCAGUACUCGGGCUACCUGAGAGCCUCGGACUCCAAGAAGUUCCACUACUGGUUUGUGGAAUGUCAGAAGAAUCCGAGCAGCAGUCCGCUGGUGCUUUGGCUCAACGGCGGGCCUGGCUGCAGCUCCCUGGACGGCCUCCUCACCGAGCACGGACCCUUUCUGAUCCAGCCAGAUGGUGUCACCCUGGAGUACAACCCCUAUUCCUGGAAUUUGAUAGCCAACAUGUUGUACAUCGAGUCCCCAGCUGGGGUGGGUUUCUCCUACUCCAGUGACAAGUAUUAUGCGACUAAUGACUCUGAGGUUGCCCAGAAUAACUAUGAAGCUCUUCAGGACUUCUUCAGCCGCUUUCCAGAGUACAAGGACAACGCGCUUUUCCUAACUGGGGAGAGCUAUGCUGGCAUCUAUAUCCCUACCCUGGCCACGUUGGUCGCGCAGGACCCCAGCAUGAACCUUCAGGGGCUGGCCGUGGGCAAUGGAUUGUCUUCAUACGAGCAGAAUGACAACUCGCUGGUAUAUUUUGCUUACUACCACGGUCUUCUGGGGAACAGGCUCUGGUCUUCCCUGCAGACCCACUGCUGUUCUCAGAACAAGUGCAACUUCUACGACAACAAGGAUGCAGAAUGUGUGUCCAAUUUACAGGAAGUAUCUCGCAUCGUGGGCAACUCCGGUCUCAAUAUCUACAAUCUCUAUGCCCCCUGUGCAGGGGGUGUGCCUGGCCACAUAAGGUACGAGCAGGACACUAUAGUGGUCCAGGACUUUGGUAACCUCUUCACUCGUCUGUCUUUCAAGCGGGUGUUGCAUCAGACCCUGCUGCGUUCUGGAAAGAAGGUGCGCAUGGAUCCCCCCUGCACGAAUACCACUGCUGCCUCUACCUACCUCAAUAACCCGUAUGUAAGGGAGGCCCUGCACAUCCCUGAGCAGCUGCCGCCUUGGGCCAUGUGCAACUUCCUGGUGAACCUUCAGUAUCGCCGUCUCUACCCAAGCAUGAGCACCCAAUACCUCAAGCUGCUUAGCACAAAAGCAAUUCGGAUCCUGCUGUACAAUGGAGAUGUAGACAUGGCUUGCAAUUUCUUGGGGGAUGAGUGGUUUGUGGACUCCCUCAACCAGAAGGUGGAGGUCCAGCGGCGGCCCUGGCUAGUGAACUACAAGGACAGCGGGGAGCAGAUCGGUGGUUUUGUCAAAGAGUUCUCCAACAUCUCCUUUCUCACCAUCAAGGGUGCCGGACACAUGGUCCCCACAGACAAGCCUCAUGCCGCUUUCACCAUGUUCUCCCGCUUCCUGAACAAUGAGCCAUACUGAAGGCCGGGACAGCCACUUGCCACAGCCACUCGCUGUCUGACCAGCCUUCCCCUGCCCAAAAGGAGGCUCUUCUUUAUGCAAAUGCUCCUGCAAGCCAGCCCCGCUUCCAGAGACAGCUUCAGGGGGAACUGGCACUUUAUUCCUGAUUUCAGGGUUUGGUGGGACAAAGGGGCUAAGGCCCCUUCCCCUGCCCGACCCCCUGGCUUUUAGAACAUACUGAUUAAUCCCAGGAAAAUAAGAGCUCAGGACAGCCCUGGGAGGGAGAUAUUAAAUUUGGAUGGAUGAAUGGA